AUGUUGGGUGGAAAGAGGAAAUAGCUUUCUUUUAAGGCUAAAUCUUUAUUGCUAUUGCAUAUGUAAGGUGUAUAGAAAAAGGUAUAUUGGAUUUGAAGUAUUCUUGUGAAGAUCACGAUAGCUUUCGUAACACUGCUUGGACUGAAUAGAUGUUUCGAAACGAGAAAGCUAAAUCUGGUUGUUAGGAUAUUCUAUUUAGUUUUGGAAUACUAUUUGCAUAGAAAAGGAAUAUGCUUAAAGUGUGAAUAUGAUAUCUAACUAAGUAUGCACUCCGUCUAUAUUAAUUUCGUGACAUAUUCAAGGGGAAGCAGUUAUGAAUGCAUUGAGUAAAAUAUUUAAAGGCUGCCAGAAAUAAAAGAUGGCUGUAAAGAUGCAAACAAUAACUGUGUUAAAAGCAGAAGAGCCAGUUGAAACAGGCAAUAGUGAUGACGAUGAGGUUGUUCCAAAAAUGACGUCACCACAAAGCGCUAAGAGAAUUUCGUUUCCAGUCGACUCAAUUUUAAAUGCUGUAAUUCAGGACGGGGAUGUGAUGGAAUUGUUACACAUAUUGCGGUAUCAGCGGUCAGAGUUUGAUCUGAAUCAAAGAAAUCACACGGGUUUGACUGCAUUACAUUACGCUGUAUUGACAAAUAACCUUGAUUCAGUAAAAUUGCUGUUAAAUCACGGCGCAAAUGUGAGUUCUCAGGAUGAAUACGGGUUCUCACCUUUGCACACUGCGGCAGCACUUGGAUUUUUACAGGUCACUACAAUGCUCAUCGUUCACGGUGCUGACGUGUUUUCACUGACCAAACACUCGGAGUUACCUAUAGACUUAGCUAAAGACAUAUCAGUGAUUAGAGUUCUUUCGAAUGAAAUGUGUUUAAAGCUUCAAACCGAGCAAUAUGUAAAAUCGUUGAUAUUUCUGGCAAUCAGAACUAUGUGUUCAAUCAUGUGUAAAUUUUUCAUGUGUAUACUCAAAGGAAUUAUUUUUGUUAUGAUGUAUUUAUUUCAAAAGUGUUGUGAAUUAAAAACAAAAGGAAAAACUAAACCCGUCGCACGGACAAAAAGCGAUUCUAUACAAAAUAUAGGAAAUAAUGAUAUUCAAAGUAAUGAUAAAGAGACGCUUAACAAGAAGCAAAAUAUGGCUGUAAAGAUGCAAACAAUAACUGUGUUAAAAGCAGAAGAGCCAGUUGAAGCAGGCAAUAGUGAUGACGAUGAGGUUAUUCCAAAAAUGACGUCAUCACAUAGCGCUAAGAGAAUUUCGUUUCCAGUCGACUCAAUUUUAAAUGCUGUUAUUCAGGACGGGGAUGUGAUGGAAUUGUUACACAUAUUGCGAUAUCAGCGGUCAGAGUUUGAUCUGAAUCAAAGAAAUCACACGGGUUUGACUGCAUUACACUACGCUGUAUUGACAAAUAAUCUUGAUUCUGUAAAGUUGCUGUUAAAUCACGGCGCAAAUGUGAGUUCUCAGGAUGAAUACGGGUUCUCGCCUUUGCAUACUGCGGCAGCACUUGGAUUUUUACAGGUCACUACAAUGCUCAUCGUUCACGGUGCUGACGUGUUUUCACUGACAAAACAUUCGGAGUUACCUAUAGACUUAGCUAAAGACAUAUCAGUGAUUAGAGUUCUUUCGAAUGAAAUGUGUUUAAAGCUGCAAACCGAGCAAUAUGUAAAAUCUUUGAUAUUUCUGGCAAUCAGAACUACGUGUGCAAUUAUGUGUAAAUUUUUCAUGUAUAUUCUCAAAGGAAUUAUUUUUGUUAUGAUGUAUUUAUUUCAAAAGUGUUGUGAAUUAAAAACGAAAGGAAAAACUAAACCUGUCACACGGACAAAAAGCGAUUUAAUACAAAAUAUAGGAAACAAUGAUAUUCAAAGGAAUGAUAAAGAGACGCUUAACAAGAAGCAAAAUUGAUUAAACAAAAGUUUAUGUCACAAAACACAGUACAUAUCAAGCGUUUGUUAUUUGAUUUAACCAAAUAUUGUUUUAUAUUAUUUUGACGUAUUAUGUUUUUAAUAAAUUAUUUUAGUCUGUUGAUUUGAGUACCAUGUUGAAAGAAAUGGUAA